UUAAAACAUUCAGUGAGUCUUCUACAGUGAUACGUUCUAGUUGUAUAUAACGUAUUUAUAAAAUUAUUAUUUUAUAUUGUAUCUCCUGCAUUUUUAAAUUAAAUUGCAAUAAUCACAUAAAAAAUUAUUGUUAAUUAAUUAAAAAUUAUACAUAAAAAAUACACACUGAAAUUUUUACAAAAAAAAACACGUUAAUACAAAUUUUCAAGUAUUUUUCAUUAUUCAUUGACGUAUAAAUUAAAAGAUGAAUUCUCAUUCAGCAGUACCAAAUUCUGAUGAAUAUAUUCCACCAAAUACAGUUUAUGUUCCAACUACAACAUAUAAUUCUGGACCAAUAGUUGAUUUUUCAUUUAUAAGGACAAAAUUUGGUUUAUUAAAAAUAUUACAACAGUUAUUCAUCAGCUUUGGAGCAAUUACUUUUAUUUGGGGCAUUUCAGGAGUACCUCAUUUAAUCUCACUGCCAAUGUUAAUUGGUUUCUUUCUUUAUAUAAUUUUAAUAUCUACAUUGCUGCCUGCUGUUCAUGUCUUAAUGUGGUUAUAUAUACUUCAUAAAGUCGAACAUUUCCACAAAUAUCCAUGGUAUUCAAUUGAAUUGACAGUUUGUGGGGUAGGAGCUGCACUUUGCUGUUUAUGUGCUUUCGCUCCUCUUUAUACUUUCUUAGGCUCACUGUCUGCUUUAUUGUGUUUUGCACUGAUUUUUACACUAAUUACUGCUGCCCUUUUUAUUUAUAAUUUCUAUUUGGUGAAUCAGAGAAAAAAUAUGAAACUACCACUACAAGGCUCAGAAUUUGCAAUGUUCAGUGCAAAUCUAACGUAAAUAAUAAAAAAAAAUAGUUUUUUUUGAGGAUUGCAGUGACAAACAAAAAUCUAUGCAACUCAAAAGACAUUCAAAGUGAUGUUAAGUACUUAAAAUAUUUUUCUAAAUGUAACGUACAAAUUAUUAUGUCUCAUUUUUUAUUUAAAUCAAUGCUUCUAUUUCUUAUUGCACACAAUAUGAAACUGUGAUAUAUAUGUUUAUGUAUAAGUAUAUAAGUGCAAAGUUUGUAUAGUAUAUAUAUUUUUAAAAGAAAAGUAAUUCUGUAUGAAAUGAAAUAUUUUCACAGUUGACAAAAAUUUUAUUUUAAAUAAAAUUUUUUUUUAUCAA